UUUUGCGUGGCGUUUGAUUUUUAGAUAGAGUGACUGAUAGACAAGCGUUUUUCUGAUUUUACCAUAAUUGUGGCUUCGAAAAGAUUAUGAUGUUGGAAAUCAUCUAAUCAACGAUUCUAUCUGAGUCAAAAUGGUAAACGCGCUGCUGAAGUCGUGAAUAUCGUGCGUGCACUUUCCGUAAUUUGAGUUUUCUUCGGAUUUUUCAUUUUUGAAUUUGCCUAAUUUGACCUGAUUUCUGCUCGUCCGAUGGGCUUCUGACGAACAGCAUGUGUCGUACAGUUCUCUCUGCCUUAUCUUAUCAGCGCCCUUGAGUCCUCCUGAUUACACUGCACUGCUUGACAAUCAGGCCAACUGGGGCAUGCGAGUGUCUGGUGAGAAAGUCGCGUUGAUGCUGCGAGAUUCAGGAACCUUGAUCAUUUAGCUCCACAUUCACGGAUUUUCCGAUAGUUUAGUUUUAUUUUCCCUCGUAUCUUUUCCCGAAAAUGAUGCCAUCCGACCCAUUAUUAUCCCCUGCUAAUCCCGAGGAGCGUCCGCGGUACGAGAACUUCUUCUCCGUAUCGCGCGACAAGAAGAUCAUUCUGGCGACGUUAUGCUUGGGGAAUUUCUUCACAUCGACUUUCUAUGCGUGCAUCGCCGUGUUUUUUCCCUCCUUUGCGCACGAGAAGGGGGCGACGGAGAGCGAUGUGGGAUUGAUUUUCGGGAUUAUGCAGCUGGUCAUCUUCGUCUUCUCCUUCGUCUGGGGUUUGACGAUCCACAACAUCGGGACCAAGUUCAUGUACGUGUCGGGCAUCAUGGUGGCCGGGAGUGCGGCGGCGCUGAUGGGCGUGCUGGAGUACUGUCCCUCCUCCAGCUUCGUCGCCAUGUGCUUCCUCACCCGUCUCGUCGAGGGACUGGGCGCUUCCGCCGUUGUCACGUCCAGUUUCACGGUGAUCGCGGACGAAUUCCCCAACUCGGUGUCGACCAUGUUCGGGACGUGCGAGACCUUCAGCGGACUGGGCUUCAUGCUGGGCCCGGUGAUCGGCGGUAGUUUGUUCCAUCUGGGUGGCUUUAAGACGCCCUUCCUGGUGCUGGGUGGCGUGGUGAUACUGUGCGGAUUAUUGGCGCUGAAGACGCUGCCGCUGAACAAAACCAGCCGCGGCCGCGACUACGGCACCUUCAAGAAUUAUAUCAAAAUCCCCGCCGUGCUGGUGACGCUCUUGGCGGUGUUCACCAUCACCUGCGGGAUGGGAUUCAUCGAUGCAUCCUUUUCCAAUCAUCUCAGACAGUUCGUCCCGCAGCAGAUCCUGCUGAGUCUGGUGUUCAUGAUCCCGACAGCGGUGUACUUCUUCUCGGCGCCCCUGAUCGGCUACGCUCUAGACCGUUUCGGGCGGGCCUGGGAGUUCAUCCUGGCGGGUGGCGUCUUCUCGGUGGUGGCCUACUUACUCAUGGGCCCCUCGCCCAUCUUCCCGGCCGAUCUGCACCGUCUCUGGCUGAUCAUCAUCGGUAACGUGUGCAUGGGCUUCGGCGUCGGUAUGCAGCUGAUUCCGCCCUUUGGCAAAAAUCUACAAACAGCCAUAGAGCAUGGAUUUCCGGAGACUAUUGACACAUACGGCAUGGUGUCGGGCAGCCUGAAUUCCGCAGUAUCCUUAGGGGCGUUUCUUGGUCCGACGAUCGGGGGUGCAUUCUACGAUGAUGUCGGUUUCGAGUGGACGCUGAGUGGCUUCGCGAUACUGCAGAUCUGCGUGACGUUGAUAACGGGGAUUUUAUUCCUGUGGCUGCGCUACCGACGGCGCUCCGACUCCAUGGGCUACUCGUCGUACAUGGGACGCCCGCGGGUGGCCUCCGCCGCCGAGGAGGAUGAGCCGUUUAUUUUGCGGGCGUGAAAGGGAUUUGGGCGUGGAUAUCUGCUGCCUGUACAUGCGCUGCUUUCUCAUUCUGUACCAUGCUGUAAAGACGAAGUAGGUGGAUGUCUUGGUCUUUUUUUCCUAUUAAUUCAACCCGAAUUUCUCCCUGGUUUCCUUUGAUCUGCUGUAUCCAAAGCGUUUCAGAGCGUUUCAGAGCGUUAUGUUGCUGGCGUUUCAGAGCGUUAUGUUUUGUUUGAUAGUUUUUUAGAGACGUUUUUAUUUAUUUUCUUUGAUAUUCUUUAACGCGGAAACAACUUCGGGAUUUUUUGCGAUCGUCAGUAAAAUGUUACGAUUUUAAUUUCAUCCGUUUCGCUUAUUUGUGAUU